UUCAGAUGGUUCGACAAAUGUUUUCAGUUGAUAGUGGAUGCUCGUGGACAGUCGACAAUAAAUUUCGAGCAUUCGUGGGGCGAUGGAGUGGCGGUUUUGAGGUUAAUGGAAGAAUCGUAUCGUGACACAAAUCGCAAUCAUUUCGUUGAUCCAAAUCAGCAGGUUGAUCAAAACGUUCCUAUCGAGAAACAUUGUCGACCGAUUGAGUUCACCCUGAACGAUUCACUGAAAGGUGCUGUAGCUGAUGCUCAAUCGAAGCAUCUCGCCAACGGUUCAUCACUUCAGUUCGGAAUAGUGGAAUAUUUCGGAAUGACACGAGAUUCGCUCAAGAAGGCAAAGUUAUCGCCCGAUGCAAUGAUGCAACUAGCAAUUCAAUUAGCAUUCCAUCGACUCUAUAAAGAUUUUGUACCAACCUAUGAAUCGUGCAGCACUGCCGCCUUCUUGAAGGGUGACUCAUUAGACGGGAGAGUGUGUGAUUGUUCAGGUGAAGGUUUCGAUCGUCAUCUGAUGGCACUGCGUAUGACGGCCGAGCGAUUGGGUCGUAAACAGCCGGCGUUGUUUUCGAAUUCGUAUUUCAAAUAUAUGAAUGAAUUCAUUCUAUCGACGUCCACUCUAUCA